AUGCGGCUCCCAGCGUGGCUCCAAGGCCUCUCCCAGCCAGGCGGAUACGCCGCCGUCGCCGCGGCGGCGUGGCUCCUGGCCAAGUACACGCCGCCGCUCUCCGCGAUUGUGCGGGCGCUCAAACGGCCCGCAAUCCUACACAAGCGGCAGAGCGGAUCCAUCCCGACGCCGGGCGGCGAGCUGGACUCGCUGGUCGACGCUGAUUUCACGCCGCCGCUGCCGGAGCCGGUCGUCCAGGUCCUCACGCGCUGCUGCCUCUGCUUCCUUGCGACGUCCUCUGGCGACUCGCCGCACCUGUCGCUGAUGCGCUUCUCCUUCUCGCGCUCGCUAGCGGCUCAGAGGCCGGGCGCUGAGGUGCUCAUCGUGUCGACUCGUCGCAGCACGAAGAAAUACGCGACCCUCUGCGCCAACCGGAACGUCGCCCUUCUCGUGCACGAUUUUGCGGGCGAGAACGAGAGCGACCUGCUCAACUACACGGCCCUCGAGGGGCGGCCUCGCCACUCGAUCACCCUCUCCGGCGUCGUGCGCGAGGAGCGCGGGGAGAUGGCGGAGCGGUACCGCGCCAUACACCUCGAGAAGAACCAAGCCUAUGCGCAGUUCAUCGUCGGCGACGACAUCGCCAUCCUCACCGUCGAGAUCGAGACCGCCCGCGUGUGUGAUGUCAACGAUCGAGUCAGCCACUUCGAGCGCCAGCAGCGCGGAAGCGCGGUGUGGGUCCAGACCGAUUUGUGA